GUUUUGGUAUAAUAAUAAAGCCUCUCAUAUUUCGGAGUAGCGGCCGCAUCGUCUAUCCAUUCCUUCUUCUUGUUCAUUCUUGGACAAAACUGGCUCCACUCUCGCCUUGCUCUCUCUCGCUCUCCUGUGAAAUAAAAUUAUUCCCCUUCGUCCUGUCAAAACAAGGACGCAGAGGUCACAGUAAAAAACUUAUCAUUGGCAAGGCCGUGCGCCUGGAUACUGUUUCAUUAACAAGAGGUGGCUGAGUAUCAUUCGCUGGUCAGGCAGGAAGCGAAUAAAGACGAUACGUGACUUGCCCAGACACGGUGGGCGAUAAUACGGACACUAGCAAUAAGGCUGGGACACUAGUGGCAGUAUGUCGGCAAAAGGAGAUGAUGAUGGGCCCAGGGUCUACAUUCCUCCUUCUCGGGAGGAAAUAGCCGGAAGUUUUCAAUGGACCAAUCGGAAUGCUCGGGACUGGUCUAAAAUCAAAUUCAGAGAACUCUUUAAGGAUCAACAGUUUGACACAAAUGCAGGAGUUUGCAAAAUUACCGAUAUAGAUAAAUGUGAAGGUGAUGCGUACGCAGUUCGGAACCAAGGGUACUCUGCAGUGUAUGACUGGACUAUAAAACUAAAAUGGCAAGGAAGGCCUAAAGAAGCUCAAGAGUUAGCAGUGACUGGGACAAUAGAGAUUAGCAAUUUUAGUUCCAGUAGCAGUGCAAAUGAUCUCAAGAUACAAUUGCAGACUGAUAUUCGUCGACCGGAAUCGGAUAGGUUGAUGGCAGCGUUUCGUUCCGUCGUCAUACCCAGAUUGCGUGGCCAUCUCGAAAAUUAUGUUUAUUUCCUUCUGGACGUUCUAAGGGCCCCAAGUCGCACUUCCGCACCUGCCAAACCCAAACCUCACGUUUGGCUUAAAACAAAUCAACCGGACGUUGCUGAAAGUGAAACCUCCAACAGUCAAGCUCCUUCGCAUAUCGACAUAUUCCAAGAGCGUGAAGGAGCUGGUGGGAUGCGCGUUGGACGGGAUUUCCAAUCCAAAAUCCCUCCGUUACUUUCCUUAGAAGAUAGGCAAUCCCCCCAAGAAAAUAAUGAUAAAGCUCUUCUGGUUUGGUCACCUCCUGUCCACAUGAGCGAGGAAGAGAUUGAAAGGUAUUUGGAAAUAUCACGAGACAAAUACCAAUAUUCUGGAGAACAAGCCUUGGGGUUGCUAUUUUGGCAUCGAUAUGAUGUCGAAAAAUCGUUACAAGAUCUUGGAAAUUUUACACCCCAUCCAGAGGAAUGGACUGUUGAGGAUAAGGUUCUUUUUGAACAAGCCUUCCAGUUUCAUGGAAAAGCCUUUGACCGUAUUCGUCAGAUGUUACCUGACAAGUCCAUGUCCAAUCUUAUCAGAUACUAUUACAAAUGGAAGAAGUUCAAAAAUAAGACUAGCGUGAUGGAUCGACAAGCAAAGAAAUUUUCCCAAGAAGACGGGGAAGAAGCUCCAUUGGGAGCAACGAAUAACAAUAACAACAAACACUCCACUUCCGCCGCUGGUGGGCCGACGUACAAGACUUCCUCUCAUCAUGGAAAUGGGUCAUCAGACGUGGAGAGCGAUGAAAAAAAGGGAAGAGGAGAUUUAUGUUCAAAUUGCGGAAUUCCAUGCAAAUGGCUGGUCGUGAACGAGGAUAUGUGCAACACUUGCUUUUUGUAUUGGAAGAAAUCUGGUGGAUCAUUUAGGCCAUUAACAGGCCCACAGAAGCGAGGUGAAAGGCAGAUUUUGGGUGCAUUGCGUCAGCGUAGGUCUCCUCCGAAAGGAAUGUCCAUCAACCAUGACGAUUUAAAUACCCUAGCUACUUCCCCUCCACAAACUGAGAAUGUUACAAUUCAAGGGUUGGAAAAAGCUGUUCUCGAUGAAAAAUGCAAAGUUCAGAUAAAGAAACAAGAGAUUGAAAUGUUAAAACGGGGCCUUCCGAAGGACGGAAUGGGCAUGUAUCGCCCAAAGGAUAACCUUCCCUCGUCAAGUGCAAGUGCCACUACUAGAACUAAAGUAGUCACUCCGCACUGGUCCCAAGAAGAGCUCCUAAUGGCUACACAAGGAGUACGUCGUUAUGGCCGAGAUUUUCAAAAAAUUGCAAAAGUACUUGGAACGAAAACCGAAGCUCACAUGAAAUGUUUUUACACCACACACAAGAAGCGUUACAAUUUGGAUCAAUUAAUUAAAGAGUAUGAGUUGGAGAACGAAAACCAUUCAGAGAAGUAAAUGAAUAUUAGAAUAAUUAUGAUUCUUUAAAGAUACUUAAUGUCAAACAUUGGGAAAGGUUUAAUUAUGAUAAUUGGCGAAAUAAAAAUCGCAUACAUAUAUUUGUGUUGAAAUUAUUGAUAGCUUAAAUUAUUUUUAGGCUAUUUCGCUUUUUAAAAGUUCUCUAACACAACGAAAAAGUGGAAUAUAUUUAUACACUCCUUAUGUUUGUCCAAUAAAAAAAGUUACAAAAUUG